AUGACAAUUGCAUUAUCAACUUCAGCACAGCAAAAAUUGAAUUUAUUGUUACAACGCGAAAAUGAAUUUGAUUUUUCAGAUUCUAAUUCUACGACGAACCAAACAUCCAUAUCUCUCGAGGAAAAUUCACUGAAAUAUCCUGCUUCUGCUCACAUAUCAACAACUUUAACAUCAUCGGUAGACCCUCCAACAUAUGAUGAAUAUACAACAAUUGACAUGCCUCCAGCUUAUACUGGACUCAAAAUUACACCCGAUUCACAUUACGAUACGCUUCCAACUGAUAUUGAGGCACCAUGGCCCCUAACUAAAAAAUUAUAUUUCAUGGGUUUUUUAUUUUGGCCUCUUUGGUUUGUUGGAAUGGGAUUUUCAGUGUUUGGGAAAAGUCCUUCAACCAGAAAAUGGGGUCGUCAUUGUGCAUGCAAUUCAGUUGUGGUAUUAAUCGUAUUUGCUUAUUUGGUUACUGCAUAUAUCAGAACUAACGGCCGAUUGGCUUAA